UUAAAAGUCAUUCUGCUACUUUCAGUGUAAAUCUACAGAAGCACCAGUUUGGUAGUACCUUCGGCUCGAGAAAGUCGACUUCAGUUAUCAUUCUACUUCAGUAUUGUGCACACGCAUUUGAACACCUCCAGAUUCAUUUUGCAUCCGCUAUCAGAUCAUCUGUGAUUUCCGUUUUGCAGCAACGCGUAUAAAAACAGCACCGUAAAAAUGUUCGCCAUAAUGCAGCUUGAUAACGACGUGAGUGGCAGAGAGUUCAGAAGAAAAAUGCGUCCCAAGUGCGAAUUCAUUUGCAAGUAUUGCCAGAGGAGGUUCAACAAGCCCUACAACUUGAUGAUUCACGAAAGGACACACAAAAGUCCAGAACUGACGUUCAGCUGCGAGAUAUGCGGGAAGAGCUUCAAAAGGCAGGACAAUCUCAAACAACACAGGACAAUACAUUACCCCACAACAGCUUACAAUUGCUUUUCUAGAUAAUGAUAUCAUCAGCAGAUAUCGUCGUUAAUCAGCAGUAUUCCUUAAUUUUUUAAUGAUUGUCACGCAUUUAUGUAUAUAAUUUAGAUUUAUGAAAUUUUAUUAUUUAUAAAAAAGCUUUUCGCUUCCAUAUGAAAGAUGUGUGCGAUUACUACCUAUUAUACUAUAAAGAAA